AUGUACUUGGUAACCCUGAUGGGAAAUAUUGGUAUCAUACUAAUCAUUCAUCUCACAUCCAGCCUCCAUACUCCUAUGUACAUUUUCCUGAGCCAUUUAGCAUUCACUGACAUAUGUUAUGCAUCUGCUGUGGUUCCUAACACCAUGGUCCAUCUUAUAACACAAAACAAAUAUAUAUCAGGUGUUGGCUGUGCAGUUCAACUCUUCACGUUUUCGUCAUUUGGGUCCACUGAGUGUCUUCUCUUUGGUGUGAUGGCAUAUGACCGAUAUGCAGCCAUCUGCAAUCCUUUGUAUUAUGGAACAAUUAUGACAAUGAGAACAUGCAACAUGCUAUUUGUCACUUCUUAUAUAUUUGCUACAGUUCAAGCUGCAAUCCAAACAGGCUUCACAUUUAAUUUAUACUUCUGUGGCUCAAACAUUAUUGACCAUUUUAUCUGCGAUGCUCUUCCAUUGAUAAGAUUGUCAUGUUCUAAAACAACCACAAAUGAGAUCAUCGUCUCCCUGUCUGCUGCUAUUAUUGGUGGAGGUUCACUUUUCAUUAUUGUAACAUCUUAUCUUUGGAUUGCAAUCACAGUCAUAAAAAUACCAUCAUCUCAAGGAAAAAGAAAAGCUUUCUCCACUUGUGCCUCCCACCUGGCUUGUGUCACUUUAUUUUAUGGCACUGUGUUAUUCAAUUACCUUCACCCAAGUGGUGAUGUAAAGAUGCGUCAAGACGUAAUGGCUUCCAUCUUCUACACAAUGGUUAUACCAAUGCUGAAUCCACUUAUCUACAGUUUAAGAAACACAGAAGUCAGAAGGAUUUUUCAUCAGCUUUUUACUCGGAGAAUUACCUUUCAUCUUAGUUUUGUUCAAAACUAG